AUGGCCACGAGAGCGCAGAAGACGGCAUGUGUCUGGGGAAGGCUUUGCCUGCUGCUCUCCCUGCUCCUCCAGCUGCCGGGCUCCCAGGCCAAAUGCUACUUCCAGGCUAAGGGUAAGCAGGACAGCCCGGGGCACCCAGCACAGCAAGGGCAGAGGUGGGCGUCCUGCUCGUGGCUCUGGGCCCUGAGAUGCGAGACACUGACAUUGCUAAUGUUGCUGUGUCCUCUCCGCAGCACCCAGCACCCCAUCGACUUCCCCGACUGGUGCGAGGCUCACUACGACUCGCAGACCUGCCAGAUCUCCGUGGUGCAAAAGGCCAACCCCAGCCUGCCCUGCGUGAAGGGCCUGGAGCACGAGUGGGGUCCGGCGGGCACCGCCGAGCCGCUGAGCAACAAGGUGCUGGACGCGGGGCUGAGCAGAUAG